AUGAUGAUAAUCGGAGAUGCUCCGAAACCGAAUCCUACCGUCCAAAUUCCGGCGUGGGAUUACCAUUUUCUUGAUGAUCCAAUAGCCCACAUUCACUCUACCAGCCCUGAUGUGUCCCAUUAUGAGAGCGCUUUAUCAGCGUUGCAGAGGUUUUUACCAGCGAGAAAGGAUGACGAUGUUUUGCAAGGAGAAAAUGGUGGGUCUGAUGAUUUUGAUAUUCCGGUUGAUGCAUUUUCAUGUGAUGAUUUCAGGAUGUUUGAUUUCAAGGUGAAGAAAUGCGCACGAGCCAGAUCACAUGACUGGACGGAGUGCCCAUUUGCGCAUCCCGGCGAGAAGGCCCGCCGGAGGGAUCCCCGUAAGUACCAUUAUUCCGGCACUGCUUGCCCGGAUUUCAGAAAGGGUGUGUGUGGAAAGGGUGACUGCUGUGAGUAUGCGCAUGGCGUAUUUGAGUGCUGGCUUCAUCCGGCUCGCUACCGUACGCAGCCAUGCAAGGAUGGGACCCACUGCCGCCGGAGGGUUUGUUUCUUUGCUCAUACGCCGGGCCAGCUUCGGUUGCUUACUCCCGAAGGGUCUCCGGGUCAUAUCGGGUGUGACUCGCCGGGUCGACUUGGACAGGACCCUUUUAUGAAUGCGGGGGUUUAUGGCCUGUACUCACCUCCGUCUUCUCCUACGACUGGGUCACCUCCGGUGUCGCCGAGUCGAAACUCGGUUUUUGGGCUGGCUGAGUCAAUGCGGGGACUGCAGAUUAACAAGGUUAGGAUGGGCCUGACUCCUGGUCUGAGCAUGAGCCCACCGUCAUGGGGCCCCAAAAUGGGUUCCGGGUUCGGAUCUCCUCGUAGCCCAUCAAGUCUCCGACCCGGAUUCAUGAGCCUCCCUACGACUCCGAUCCGGGCCCCAACUCGUUCCGGACGCACCGCAUACGACAUUUGGCAAGCAUGUUGCGAAGAGGAGCCAGUGAUGGAGAGAGUCGAAUCCGGAAGAAAGCUGCGUGAGAAAAUCUAUGAAAAACUGAGUAAGGAAAACUCGCUGGACCGAGUGGAAUUGGGCAACCCGGGUUCCCAUUUCGGGUGGGUUUCUGAACUAUUGCAGUGA